AACAGAUAGUGGGAGGGUAUAACAUAAAGGCUGCUUUAUGCCAAACUUGCUCCUAUGGACCAUUAGCAAUCAAACAUGCAGCAAGUGUAUCGAUCCGUUCGUUCAAUGAUUUAACCAAUCAUUCCAUUUAUAUAUCUCUUCUCAUCAUCACCUUCUCUUCUGCAUCACCAACCAACACCAUAUCUACAACUAAACAACUCUUUUCUGUUUUUCAUUUUUCCCUUUACUUUUUACACCGUUUUUCCAAUGGGUUUUCACCAUCUUUUCAUCUUCUAUUUUGCAAUUCUCUUGUCUUUUUUAAGCACUUAUGAAACCACCACACUCAAUCAAACUGAGUUCUUCACACUUCUGAAGAGUUCCUUUUCAGGCAACACUUUUGGUGACUGGGAUGGUACAAACGUAUGUGAUUACGCAGGUAUAACCUGUGAUGAUAAAGGGUACGUGGUUAAGAUCAACAUUUCGAGGCGGAGUCUAUCGGGUCGAUUUCCUGAAAACAUAUGUUCUUACCUUCCUUAUCUGAAAACUCUAGAUAUUGGUUACAACAAUAUUCAUGGAGAGUUACCAUACAGCAUCACUAACUGUUCAUUACUCGAAGAAUUGAUCACAACUCAUACGAGUCUCACCGGAAAGUUGCCAGAUUUUUCGCCGAUGAAGUCUCUCCGGGUGCUUGAUAUGGCUUAUUGUGCAUUUUCAGGAAAGUUUCCUUUGUCUUUAAUAAAUCUCACCAAUCUUGAAGUGAUGAAUUUCAAUGAAAACGCUGGGUUUGAUCUCUGGAGGUUGCCGGAUGAUAUUUUCCGGCUGUCGAAACUCAAGAUCUUGAUCUUGAGUACAUGCAUGGUGAGUGGUCCAAUCCCGAAAUCAAUUGGGAACAUGACAUCUCUUGUUGAUCUUGAAUUAUGUGGUAACUAUUUAGUUGGUCCGGUUCCUAGAGAACUUGGUUUGCUGAAAAACUUGAAACAACUUGAGCUUUACUACAACCAACUCGUGGGUGAGAUUCCGGAAGAGCUCGGAAACCUGACCAAUCUCAGGGAUAUCGAUAUAUCCGUCAACCAGUUAACCGGAAGAAUACCUGAAGUCAUAUGCCGGUUACCGCAUCUCAGAGUGGUACAGUUUUACAACAACAGUCUCACCGGACACAUCCCGCGUGUCCUCGAGGACUCAAAGACGUUGACAACGUUAUCUCUUUACAGAAACUAUCUGACCGGUGAAGUGCCAAGACAUCUAGGGAGAUCAUCACCACUUAUGCUUAUCGACUUGUCGGAAAAUCAGCUUACAGGAGAAUUACCAGCGGAGAUAUGCAAUGGAGGUAAGUUGCUUUACUUGCUAGUGCUUGACAACAUGUUUUCUGGUGUCGUCCCAGAGUCUUAUUCUAGCUGCGUCUCCCUUAUCCGUUUUCGACUUAGUUCCAACCGGCUGUCUGGAACGAUCCCCGAAGGAGUUCUCAGCCUCCCGGCUGUGUCGAUUCUCGAUCUGAGUCAGAAUUCGUUCACCGGUUCGAUACCUAAAGUAGUUGGGAAUGCUAGAAACUUAUCAGAAUUGCUCUUACAAAAUAACAAACUCUCUGGAGUUAUCCCUUCUGAAAUAUCACACCCUCACAAACUUGUAAAGAUUGAUCUCAGUGAGAAUCUACUCUCUGGACCAAUACCUUCAGAAAUUGGUGAUCUAAAACGACUCAAUCUUUUGUUAUUACAAGGAAAUCAACUCACGGGUUACAUCCCCAACUCACUCUCUUCACUAACAUCUCUAAAUGUUCUUGAUCUGUCAAGAAAUCAGUUGACAGGUUCUAUCCCAAAAACCCUUUGUGAUUUGCUGCCAAGCUCCAUGAACUUUUCAAACAAUCAACUUUCAGGGCCAAUACCUGAUUCCUUCAUCAAAGGAGGACAGUUAGAAAGCUUUUUAGGUAACCCAAAGCUUUGUGUUUCUGAAUAUCCUAAUCAGUCUUAUCAAAACUUGUCCAUUUGUUCACAAACAUACAAUCAGAAGAAAGUUGAUUACAUUUGGGUCAUUCUAGUGUCCCUUGGGAUUAUUAUCCUUGUUGGUGUUUUGUUUCUUAAGAGAUGGUUUCUUAAAGAAAGAGAUGUUAUGAAGAAUGAUGAACCAUGGUCCUCUUCUUAUUUUUCAUACAAUGUAAAAAGCUUUCAUAGAAUAAGUUUUGAUCAGGAUGAGAUUGUGGAAGCCAUGAUUGAUAAGAAUGUUGUGGGACAUGGAGGGUCUGGAACUGUCUACAAGAUUGAUCUCAGCAAUGGAGAAGUAGUUGCGGUUAAGCGUCUUUGGAGUCAGAAAGCGAAAGACGAGUCGUCUGAUGAUCAGCAGAUCAUGAACCGCGAGUUGAAAACAGAAGUGGAGACGUUGGGGAACAUAAGGCACAAAAACAUUGUCAAGUUGUAUUGUUACUUCUCUGGUUUUGAUUGCAAUUUGUUGGUUUAUGAAUACAUGCCAAAUGGUAAUCUUUGGGAUGCACUUCAUAGAGGUAAAUGUCUCUUGGAUUGGCCAACUAGACACCAGAUUGCACUUGGUGUAGCACAAGGUUUAGCCUACCUGCACCAUGAUUUGAUGCCACCCAUCAUUCAUAGAGACAUCAAGUCCACUAAUAUCCUGUUGGAUAGAGACUUUCAACCAAAGGUUGCAGAUUUUGGAAUAGCAAAAGUUCUAAGGGCCAGAGGGAAAGACUCCACCACCACUAUUGUUGCAGGCUCCUAUGGCUAUUUAGCACCAGAGUACGCAUAUUCAUGCAAGGCAACAACAAAGUGUGACGUCUACAGUUUUGGCGUGGUACUGAUGGAGCUGAUAACCGGAAAGAAGCCUGUGGAGGUUGAGUUUGGAGAAAACAAGAACAUCAUAUAUUGGAUUUCAACCAAAGUGGAGACAAAAGAAGGAGCGUUUGAGGUUUUGGACAAGAGACUUUCGGGGUAUUACAAUAAUGAUAUAAUUAAAGUUCUUCGGAUAGCUAUCCGUUGUACAUGCCAAACGGCAACCCUUCGCCCUAGCAUGAAUGAGAUCGUUCAGCUGCUAAUCGAAGCAAACCCUUGCAAAUCCGAGCAUUGCAAGUCGCCAAACAAGACCAAAGAACAGGUAAAGUAAGUGUAUGAUCACGACAAUAAGUUUCUUUAGUUUUUCAACAGUUAAAAAUAAUGUUGUACUACAUCACAUCGCAUAGUUUUACUACGUUUUGAGACCUAUUGAGAAAUACUCAUUGUAGAUAUUAACUUACAAGAUUUGGUCCCAUAACUAUAGUUGUAUUAAAUAGUUUGUAACGCUCUAAAAGGCUUUUAAAAAGAAAAACUUAGCGUUAAGCUCUUUUUUGUCCGUUUGUA